AUGGCUUCGUUCCCCGAGACCGACUUCCAGAUCUGCCUGCUGUGCAAGGAAAUGUGCGGCUCGCCGGCGCCGCUCUCCUCCAACUCGUCGUCGUCGUCGUCCUCGUCCUCGCAGACGUCCACGUCGUCGGGGGGUGGCGGCGGGGGCCCCGGGGCCGCGGCGCGCCGCCUGCACGUCCUGCCCUGCCUGCACGCCUUCUGCCGCCCGUGCCUCGAGGCGCACCGGCUGCCGGCGGCGGGCGGUGGCGCGCCGGGAGAGCCGCUCAAGCUGCGCUGCCCCGUGUGCGACCAGAAGGUCGUGCUGGCCGAGGCGGCGGGCAUGGACGCGCUGCCCUCGUCCGCCUUCCUGCUCAGCAACCUGCUCGACGCCGUGGUGGCCACGGCCGAAGAGCCGCCGCCCAAGAACGGGCGGGCCGGCGCCGCGGCGGGCGCGGGCGGCCACAGCAACCACCGGCACCACGCGCACCACGCGCACCCGCGCGCGGCAGCCUCGGCGCCGCCGCCGCUGCCGCCCGCGCCGCCGCCGCCCGCGCCGCCCCGCUCGGCUCCCGGCGGCCCAGCGGCCUCCCCGUCGGCGCUGCUGCUGCGCCGGCCCCACGGCUGCAGCUCCUGCGACGAGGGCAACGCGGCCUCGUCGCGCUGCCUCGAUUGCCAGGAGCACCUGUGCGACAACUGCGUCCGCGCGCACCAGCGCGUGCGCCUCACCAAGGACCAUUACAUCGAGCGCGGCCCGCCGGGCCCCGCGGCCGCGGCGCAGCAGCUCGGGCUCGGGCCGCCGUUUCCCGGCGCGCCCUUCUCUAUCCUCUCGGUCUUCCCCGAACGCCUCGGCUUCUGCCAGCACCACGACGACGAGGUGCUGCACCUAUACUGUGACACGUGUUCGGUGCCCAUUUGCCGCGAGUGUACGGUGGGCCGGCACGGCGGCCACAACUUCAUCUACCUCCAGGAGGCGCUGCAGGACUCUCGCGCACUCACCAUCCAGCUGCUGGCUGAUGCCCAGCAGGGCCGCCAGGCCAUCCAGCUGAGCAUCGAGCAGGCCCAGACGGUGGCAGAGCAGGUGGAGAUGAAGGCAAAGGUGGUGCAAUCGGAGGUCAAAGCUGUGACCGCGAGACACAAGAAGGCCCUGGAAGAGCGGGAGUGUGAGCUGCUGUGGAAGGUAGAGAAGAUCCGCCAGGUGAAAGCCAAGUCCCUGUACCUGCAGGUGGAGAAGCUGCGGCAAAACCUCACCAAGCUGGAGAGCACCAUCAGCGCUGUGCAGCAGGUCCUGGAGGAGGGGCGCGCGCUGGAUGUCCUGCUGGCCCGAGACCGCAUGCUGGCGCAGGUGCAGGAGCUCAAGACGGUGCGCAGCCUCCUGCAGCCUCAGGAGGACGACCGGCUCAUGUUCACGCCCCCCGACCAGGCCCUGUACCUCGCCCUCAAGUCCUUCGGCUUCGUCAGCAGCGGGGCCUUCGCGCCACUCACCAAGGCCACGGGAGACGGCCUCAAGAGGGCCCUCCAGGGCAAGGUGGCCUCCUUCACGGUCAUAGGCUACGACCACGACGGGGAGCCCCGCCUCUCGGGAGGCGACCUCAUGUCGGCCGUGGUCCUGGGCCCCGACGGCAACCUGUUUGGCGCGGAGGUGAGCGACCAGCAGAACGGGACGUACGUGGUGAGCUACCGGCCGCAGCUGGAGGGCGAGCACCUGGUGUCGGUCACCCUGUGCAACCAGCACAUCGAGAACAGCCCUUUCAAGGUGGUGGUCAAGUCCGGCCGCAGCUACGUGGGCAUCGGGCUCCCGGGCCUGAGCUUCGGCAGCGAGGGCGACGGCGACGGCAAGCUGUGCCGGCCCUGGGGCGUGAGCGUGGACAAGGAGGGCUACAUCGUGGUCGCCGACCGCAGCAACAACCGCAUCCAGGUGUUCAAGCCCUGCGGCGCCUUCCACCACAAGUUCGGCACGCUGGGCUCCCGGCCCGGGCAGUUCGACCGGCCGGCCGGCGUGGCCUGCGACGCCUCCCGCAGGAUCGUGGUGGCCGACAAGGACAAUCAUCGCAUCCAGGUCUUCACCUUCGAGGGCCAGUUCCUCCUCAAGUUCGGCGAGAAAGGCACCAAAAACGGGCAGUUCAACUACCCCUGGGACGUGGCGGUGAAUUCCGAGGGCAAGAUCCUGGUCUCCGACACGCGGAACCACCGGAUCCAGCUGUUUGGGCCUGACGGGGUCUUCCUGAAUAAGUACGGCUUCGAGGGGGCUCUCUGGAAGCACUUUGACUCCCCGCGGGGGGUGGCCUUCAACCACGAGGGCCACCUGGUGGUCACCGACUUCAACAACCACCGGCUCCUGGUCAUUCAUCCAGACUGCCAGUCGGCCCGCUUCCUGGGCUCCGAGGGCACCGCCAACGGGCAGUUCCUGCGCCCGCAGGGCGUGGCCGUGGACCAGGAGGGGCGCAUCGUCGUGGCUGAUUCCAGGAACCACCGGGUGCAGAUGUUCGAGUCCAACGGCAGCUUCCUGUGCAAGUUUGGUGCCCAGGGCAGUGGCUUUGGGCAGAUGGACCGGCCCUCUGGUAUCGCCGUCACGCCGGACGGCAUGAUUGUCGUGGUGGACUUUGGCAACAAUCGAAUCCUCAUCUUCUAA